AUGACAUAUGUUCACUCUAGUCCAUAUUUCCAAAUGGACAAUCCGGCGAUACUUUCGCUGCUCCGGCCUACUCCAAAAGAGAAGCAUCGUAAGUCGAGUAGUACGGGUGGCGGCAGUCUCUUGCGUAUGUUCAAGCUCUUCCCUAUGUUAACCUCUGGGUGUAAGAUGGUUGCAUUGUUGGGGAAACCCCAGAAGCCAUUUCUGAAGGACGGUACGACGACGGGGACGAUUUUCGGAUACCGUAAAGGCCGGGUUUGGUUAGCCAUACAAGCUGAUCCCUAUCGGAUGCCGAUGUUUUUGAUCGAGCUACCGAUGCUCACUGGCGUGCUUCAAAAGGAAAUGGGAUCGGAUAUUGUGAGGAUAGCACUAGAGAGUGAAACCAGGACACAUAAGAAGAAGUUGUUUGAAGAAUUUGUGUGGGCGGUUUAUUGUAAUGGGAGAAAGAUGGGUUACUCUAUUAGGAGGAAACAAGUGUGUGAAGAUGAGCUUCAAGUUAUGCAGCUCUUGCGAGGUGUUUCAAUGGGAGCUGGGGUACUUCCAAGCCCCAACGACAAGAAAGAUGGAGCCAAUGGGGAAUUAACAUAUAUGAGAGCAACAUUUGAGAGGGUGGUUGGAUCAAAGGACUCACAAACUCUGUAUAUGAUCAAUCCAGAUGGUGCACCUAGCCCAGAACUUAGUAUUUUUUUCAUAAGAGGUCAUUAG